AUGGAACUGUGUACCAUGACUCGCCACAAUGCGGAAAUUCAAGAUCGACUCCAGGCACUGGAAUACGAAGUCCAUGCUCUCAAGUUAGGUAGCGGAUCUUUAGCCCGCAGGUUUGGCUUGAAUGACAACCUCGAAUAUGAUGCGAAGUCUUUCUUAUCGGUCUCGGAAUCGCUGGAGGAAGGAGAGAUUCUUGAAUACCCUUUCAUCGAUUAUUGGCCUGCGGCGCGCAAACAAGGUGAGAUUCAACGACGAACCAAAGCUCUGGAGAAUGGGAUUCGUGUCAUGAAGUGGAACUUUGGACUCCAGGAUUCGAUAAACGACCCAUGCUCUUCUGUCUUGGUGACAAAGGCCAAUCCUGCCCCGCCUGAAGAUACUUACUGUUUGGCCCCCGAGUUCGAAUCAUUGCUAGAUGGCCUUCAAAAAUGCGGGAUGAUCGAAAAGAACAAGCAGCUUUAUUACACCAGCACGGCUGCGCACCCGAAACGGCACGAGAAUCCCGAGAUAGCUGGGACUAUUCCUGAACUCGACCCCAAGCUGCGCGCUGGUAGAAUCAAGGCAAACCCGCAUCCCAACCUCUCAAUCAAACACUCCAUUCUCACGGCUUUUAUUCUUGACGCUAACCGCGGUAUCAGGAAUGUUGCCUGCAGUCUCUACCUCCGCCGCGAAUGCAAGCCGCAGUACAUCUACAGCUUCAACGAGCUUGAAGGUGGGAUGUUCUACGACUGGAGAUGGUUGCAAUUUCUCCAACCUGGAGACGUUCUUGCUGGGGACAUAGAGGUUCUUUGCAUACGUAACCAAAUGAUCUGCGAUAUGAUUGACAACAGAGAAGAUCCCAUCUUUGAGGAUCGCGCUGCAUUGUGGCCUUCUGUGGUGUUUGAGCGUCUGAAGCCUGACUUUGGCGAGAUUGAGAGAGCUGGCUUCCGCGUCUUGGCGUGGCGGUUAUGCAAGGUAGACGGGGUUGUGCCAUUGUGGCUGGAUCGUCAUGGCUUCUGGAUUUCUGGGGCACCUGUUUCUAAACGACACUAA